AGAGUGUGUGGUCACCAUAAUGAAUGGACUUUGUGAAGACAUCCCCUGUAUUAUAUUACAGGAUUGGAUUGCAUCAAUGUGAAGGACGGGAAGAAUUGCACAGGUUGGGGUUAACCCGGCCUGAGCUGUGCAGCUCUCUGGCUCCUCCGGAGUGCGGAAUUCUGGAAGAUGUAGUUUUAUAAGCAAUGAAUAAAAUGACUCGGCUUCAAUCCCGACUACAAUUCCCCGCAUGCCGCAGGGCUCCGGGCUGUCAGAGGCCGUCUGCCUCCACUCAGUGCACACAAAAGGCCCCUCUGCAGCAGGUUGAACAAGCAAGACAGAAUACUUCAUGAAUGUUCCAGAUUAUUCCAGAAUAUGGAGGAGGAUGCGCCUUGGUGUUAUCCUACCGAUAAAGAUGGGCUCAGUACCGGUGACUGGGGAACAAAUGUACUGGAUGCGUUGAAGAGCCAUAUUCAGGUUGAGAAGGACGGUCCCAAUACCCAUUUACAAGAGCAAGGGGAAAGGUUGGUAUCAACGCAUACUAGCGACACUGAUGUAAAAAAUGGAACCUAUAUGGCAGAUAACAUUUUACCCUCAAGGUAUAACUACGGAGCUAACAGAGCUGGUAGGAGGAUGAAGUACAGAGCCUGGUCGGGUCACCGGCAGUACGUGUGUCUGGACUGCGGUAAGUGUUUUACGCACAGUUCCACACUGGCGACACAUCAAAGAACCCACACCGGUGAGAAACCAUAUCCAUGUCCCGACUGUGGCAAGUGCUUUACUCGGAGUUCAACUUUGGCUACUCACCAAAGGAUCCAUAGUGGAGAGAGGCCCUACGCCUGUAUAGACUGCGGGAAGAACUUCAUCCAAAGCUCGCACCUCGUGCUACACCAGAGGAUACACACGGGUCACAAGCCCUAUUCCUGCCAGGAGUGCGGCAAAUGUUUCAGUGACCGGUCCCAUUUCGUCAUUCACCAGAGAACUCAUACCGGAGAGAGGCCGUAUUGUUGCAACCAGUGCGGCAAAAGGUUUAGUAGCAACUCCAACCUGGUGGCCCACCAUAAACUCCACACGGAAAGCACCAUUUAUAUCUGUAACCAGUGUGGGAAAAGUUUGAGUAACCGUCUAACGUUUGCCAGCCACCAGAAGACUCAUUUGGCCGAAAAGCCUUUUGUGUGCGUGGAGUGUGGGAGGGGAUUCACCCGUAAGCUACAGUUGGUGCUCCACAAACGGAUACACACGGGGGAGCGGCCCUUUGAGUGCCAGCAGUGCGGCAAACGUUAUACUCGCAAGUCCUAUCUGAUUAUUCACCAGAAGAUCCAUGUGGAGGAGGUUCUUUAUGUAUGCAGUGACUGUGGAGAGCGCUUCCCUGAGCAUGCCAGUCUUAAGAACCACCAGAUAUCUCAACAUGGAGCUCAGGUCAAAGUCUGAUGAAAUUGAGGACAUAACGGUGCCUUAUGUAUCAAACUGUCAGCACUAAGGAUGGUCUUGACUGCUGAGAAAUAGGGAUGAGUGGAGUAAUUAGUAUGAAAUGAAAGUGUGUCUAAAACUAAAAACAAAAAUAUAAUACAGUAUAUUGCAGCUAAUGCCGCAUACACACUAUCACU